CAAAGGACGGCAAUAGAGUACUCUGCAGCUGCUCCUCUGCUGCACAGCUUUGCUUUUUACUCACAGCAGGACUAUGCGUAGAAAAAAAAGCUGGAAAACCACUUCGACGAGAAUGUUUGAUUACAGAAACAAAAGUUUUGGAAUAGCCAGAACCAUCUGCACUUUUGAAGCAGCGUGAGCUGGGAGCUGUGGAAUCAUUGCAGCCAGUAGCACUGACAAGGGACUGAGAAGAAGACUGGAUGUUUUGAAUUUCUGUCAAAUUAAAAUGAUAAGUGAAAGAUCAAUUAUAUCAGGACUGUAAAAGACUCCUUUUUGGGGGGAUUUUUGACCUUACAUUUUCUGGAGAAUAAAGACCUCUCAGAUUACAAGGAAAAAUCCUGUUGGAGAAACAAAGUUGUUCAUCAAUGGAGUACUUUUCUCUUUUUUAAACCUAUUUCUAUUAAUGUAAACAUUGCAUUUUUGCUGGUAUAUGUGCACUUGACUUGGAAGCAGCUAUAGUGUUUUGGAUAGGAGAGUGACCUAACAGGUUGUUAUGAAGUGCUUUUUAUAUUUUUUGUUUGAACAUUGUGAUUCCAAACCAUGGAAUACCAGUGACAUAAGGUACUAUAAGAAGCACAGGACCACUCCUGCUUCUGUUUUCAUUUUGUGACACACAUUUUCACCACAUUUAUUUUAAAAAUAAAAAGCCUGGAUUAAAAUCAAAAUGGAAUCCUUGUACACAUCAGUGACUGAUCAGAAUAGCCCGUUUCAUUUCGACUCUUCGAGCGAUCCCCUCCACGGUGACAGCGGCCCUCAGACCUGCCUGUUUGACGCACUGAUGGCUGUCCUCUACCUGGGCGUUUGCGUCGUGGGACUUGCUGGGAACUCCCUGGUGAUCAUUACCAUAUUGAAAUUGGACAAGAUGGAAUCAGCCACCACAGUUUACAUCUUCAAUCUGGCUUUGGCAGAUGGCUUGUUUAUGGUGGGGAUGCCCUUUAUAGCACUGCAGAAUUUCCAUCAACGCUGGGUGUUUGGCGACUUGGCAUGCAAGCUAGUUAUGAUUCUCGAUGGGAUCAACCAGUUUACCAGUGUAUUCUGCUUGACCUUCAUGAGUAUUGACCGCUACAUGGCAGUGGUCAAUCCCAUCAGGUUCUCCAAAUGGUGUACCCCAAGGAGAGCCAAGAUGAUCAGUGUCUUUCUGUGGUUUUUCUCCCUGUUGCCUGUUCUACCCAUGGCGGUCCAUUUCACAGUGAUAGGCAGUACGUGUUCUUUAAAUCCCCCGGGGUCGUUUGACAUGUGGUGGUUAACCUUCAUUAUCUACACAUUUACUCUUGGCUUUGCUUUACCUUUUAUUGUCAUGACAGCAUGUUAUGCUUCAAUGCUGGUCAAUUUAAAGUCUGGCAUCAGUAGAUUUCAGAAUAGGGAGACCCAGCGCCUAGAAAAAAAACUAACCAAGAUGGUUGUUGCUGUGGUGUUGGUCUUUGCUAUAUGCUGGUUGCCUUUCUAUGUUUUCAAUUUCUAUUUCCUCCGGCAUCCAGAAGAUUUAACACCAGCCUUUGCAAAGGGUUUUGAAUUUGUUGUGCUUCUGUCUUACUCCUGGAGCUGUGCUAACCCCAUACUGUAUGCCUGUCUCUCUGAAAAAUUCAGGAAACACUUUCACACACUUCUGUGUCCCAAGAAAAGAUCCCAAAGUCUCCAUUUUGACACCAAUGCCGAUGGCUAUGACUUGCAUGACUUGAGUGGAAUGGAGAUGAUCAGUAUGGUGUAGAUAAUUGCUCCUGCAACAUUGAGCUCUUUUGAGAAUGCACAGACACCAGCUUUGGUUUGGAUUAUAUUUCCUAUAAUCUUUUUAGUAUUCCCCUUUGACUCACUUCCAAAGUUUGGCCUUUUUGUACGUCUGUAUUAAUGCUAAAACUAUUUGUUUUACAUUUUGAAACUCCUUUUCCCAGACUUCGUUUGAAAGGGCUUUGUAACUAACAAUCCAUGUGAAUAAUGAUAUGCUGUAAUCAACAGACAUUAAAUUUUAUUUUUAUGUUUUAGUAUUAUUAUGCUGUAUUUAGUCUCAUACUGCAAAGUGUCACAUUAGCUGCAUUUGUAUUAUUAAUUCACAUCAAUUUAUGUAUCUGAAACACAGAAAGAAAAAAAUAAGCAAAACAAGUUUCAGUAUUAACACAAAAAAGAACAUUUACAGAAAUGCCUCGUUAAGGGCGUCAUUACUUCACCAACACUGCAAAUUACUUGGCAUGCCAGCUUUCCUGCUCCCCAUCUGUCUUUCAGAAGCCAGCAACUGAGCAACAAGGGAAUAUGAGUGAUGGCAGCAUAUGAAAUGGAUACAAUAAGAAAGAUGUUCACAAUACUGUAGCACUCUCGGGAUAAAUAAGACAAAGAAAAGUCAAGAUAUGGUCUCUGCAUAUUCUCUGGUUCUAGAAGAUGUUUUCUUUAAUCCUGCCUUGUUUGCCAUACAUCCAUCCAUACACUUACAUGGUCACUUCUUAAGCAAAUGACAUGCUUUUUCAGGCACAUAUUGCAUACAUUCCUGAAAUCACCUUCUCUAGCAACAUUCAGGUUGCCUGUGCACAUGCAAUGGGAGAGCAGGACAUGGAACUCAGGGUUAAAGAUAUCACUAUUAGGGUGCUCCCUAAGAAAAAAAUAAAGUCUUUACUCAAUUCUACUGGCUCCUCGGUUCAGUGCUUGAUCUGACUUACAGUAUGAAGAACUAUGUGGAUGAGGCAUGCAUCACUACAAGCCCGGAAAUGAAGCUAGCCAGGUGCCAAUUUAACCCUAACAAUGCUGGUGGACUGGAGAAACUGGGUUAACCACCUUGCUCAAAGAUAAAAUAGUAGUGUCUGUAGUGGGAAUGCAGACCCACAAUCCUAUGUUUAGGGACUGUGUCUGUCUUUGAAAUUCCUGGUAAUAUUCCCCAAAUUUUUAUAGCUUUUCAUAAUCAAAUAAUCUGUUUUAUUUUAUUCUCUACUUAUUUUUCAAUGUUACAUUUUUUGUCUGUAAGCAGCUAGGCCAAUUUGAUUACUUGUUAUUUCACAUGUUAUGAAAGUAACAGAAAUGACUAACCAAAUGCAAUGUUUAUGAGGCUGUGUUUUUUUUUAAAUCAAAAUAUGGUGUAAGAAGUACUGUAUGUCUGUUAGAUUUACUCCGCACUUGAAAUUAGUUCAGGUUUUGGACUGAUGGAAAUAUGAAUCAUUUUUAUUUCAUCAAACUAAUAGACCAAGUCAUUAAAGCUUGUGUUCAGAGUCUACUGUAAUGUGCUUGGGUCAUUAAACUAAAAAUGCAUUUGUGAGUUUAAAUGACCUCUUUCCAGAGUUAUACCGUCAUUAUCAGUUUAAGAUAUUUCUUAUUUGGAGUCAAUGUCUCAGAUUUAUCAGCUGUAAAAAGCAGACAUAUUUUACCCUUACAGAGAGAACUUUUCUUGCAACAUAGAAAGAAUACAAAUUCUCAUAAAAAAAUCAAGAUACAUUUUUGUACCUUUUAGUUAUUGGACACAUAUAUUUAAUUUCUUUUUAAUUAUGGUUCUACUAGUCCAUUGCUUUUUUUCUGGUAAGCUUUAAAAGUAAAAUAGACUUAAAAAUGUAAAUAUUUUCAAAUUAAUUUUCAUUACCUAUGUUCUUACUUGCUGUCCUAUUUCAUUUCAGCUGUUCAAAUGUGAAUGUUUAGAGCUCACUUUUUCAAUUCUCACUAGAUGACAUGAAAACACCUCUAAAUUAUAGGUUCUUACCUCUUUAUUAAUGUCUUCAACAGAUGUGUCUUUCAGGACAGAGUUUAAGAAAAAAUAUUUUUAAUUUAAGUGCCCAAUAAAUAAAAUAAAAAAACCAUGAAAACACAUUAGUCAACUUAAUGCAUUAAUGACUUAGUGGUGAUUUGCCUCUUUGCUGUAUGUGUUUCUCAAACUGAUCCCUUACUUGAACUGAUUCCUAUAAUGUCUAGUUUUAAAAUGUGAAGGAUGUUUUGUAUUAAAAGUAAAUAGAGCAGAUAACUUCUGCACAGCGUUUUAAAUCAGAUGAUGUUACAGAUCCUAAAUCUAAAAAGUGAUAACUUGUUAUAGAAACAAGUACAGCUGUUGAUUUAAGGUAAUUGGAUUAUUAUUAUAACUUCUAAAUACAGUGCAAAUGUUCUCCUGUGAAUGCAUAUGU